GGUGAUCCAGCCUUCCCCUAACCCUGCGCGUCGUCAGCAUUGGGAACUGGCUACGGUGGGGACAACGCCAACCAGUUUGGUAACUUUUUGUUUCCACUCUUGGCCCAAGCUCCCAACCCAAUUUGAAAAAGCACUUUAACAACAAGCCCGACCCCACUCCGCGUCGUGUUAGCGCGCCGCGUCCAAGGGCGUCGCGUAAACUCUUGAAGGCUUGCCUUCCUCUCCCCCACCAACUCAAUCUUUGUCCACAGCAUCCGCCAACAGACCACCGCCAAAAUCGACCAUAUUUGCCACUUCACCGUAUACCCAAGGAAGACCCCUUCAGCUGGAUGCAAGAUAGAACGCUUCUACCAAAAAAAAAAGACAACACCAGGCGCCAUGUUCGCUAUGGUUGACCCAGCCGUGAACAGCGGUUUCCAAAGUUUUGGCGGUAACAAUCAGCACAGCAGUUUCGUCUUUUCAAGUCCACACAAGCCAGCCAAAUCAUCACCUCUCUCUUAUGCCCCCAUGAGGAUACCUUCACCGACAUUGCCAUCAGACGAUGCCCCUGACAUGAUGCUUUCGUCCCCUCUUGGUCUCCCGUCAGAUUCAUCCCAUCUUCGCAUGAGCCAGUCCUCGCCAAUACGGUCCUCAUUUGACAAUAAUGAGAGCUCCGGACCACAACCAAAGUUCAGAUUUGCCAAUCGGAACCCAGCAAAGAACAGCAAUCCUCUAGUCAAAAAGCGGAACGAUGUACAAGACUCGAGACGAAGACUCUUUCUCAACAAUGUACGGCAGAGGCAGGAGGACAAAAAGUUUCAGCGACGGGGUGGACAGGAUGAGAUUGCCAGAUUAGAGUUCAACCGUCUCCAGAACGAACGCCUCGCCUAUCUUGACCGAGAACGAGCCAAAAACCCUUAUGCACUCUGGGAACAAGAGCUUGAAGACGAGCAUCGCAGCUUGCAGUCACAGCAACGGCAAAUGCAACAACAAAAUCCAGACGAAAUGAUGCUGGAUGCAUUGGAAGAGGCUGAGAUGGCCGAGAUUGCCCAAGCAGAGGCGUUGCUUCACCAGGACAACUACUCCUCGAGACAUAUCAAUCAGGAUGACUCUUUCGAUGAUGACGAGGAUUGGGAUGAGUUGUUCAUGGAAGCGAUCCAGACUUCACAGCAACACCAUAUUCAAGGACAACAAUCGGGCGGGCAAGAUGUGGAGAUGUCUUGA